CAAAAAACCUUCCCAUAGCUUGGCGCUUGGAUUGGAUGGUCUGAGAUUCCAGUGUGCUCGAGCUCGGCUAGGAAAAAGUCUCGGCAGCUUUCAUUCCAGCCCCAAUAUCAGGGUACCCUGCCGACCCGGACGAUUACACAGGGCACAAACGCAGGACAUCUCGACGGACCAAUUAUGCCAGUGACUGCUGCUCCGCGCAGCGUCUCGGACGCGACGCGAUUUACCGCAGCGACGCCGCAUGCGAGCUCCAAGACGGCCAUACCCCGGUUCGCGUCCCCUCGGUCCAAACCCGGAGGAGUUCCAGGCAGCGGCGGCGAUGGUGACCCCGGGAUCGUAGAGACCCCCGAGCAGAGGGUAGCCCGGUUACGAGCUGCACACCGGAGGGCUAAGGAAGCUCAGAUCUCAAAGUUCGACAAGAUCGUUGAUGUGGGCAGACGGGUGUUCGACUCGGCGCACAGGAUCACAGUCUUCGGCCUUGUCAUAUUCACGGGCGUCGCCGCCGUAGCAACGGUCUACACAGCCUACGAUAUGAUACGGUACAACAAGAAGCGUACUAGGGAAUGGAUCGAGGCGCAAAAGAAGUUUGAGGCCGACAGUCUUGAGGCUGCCCGCAUAGCCUACAUGACGGGCAAGGCCACCGAGGAGCAGAUCGCCCUGGUUGAGGAGCAGAUCGAACGGGAGCGUGAAUCCGGGCGCAAGACAUCCUUCUUCUCCAACAUCAGCGUGCUCAGCACGCCCGAACCCGCCACAAAAUCCACAUCCAACCCCGCGACAGCGACGGCGGGCUCACCAGCAGCGUCAGGGUCGGGGCGGUCGAUAACAGAAACCGUCUCGUGGCCAACAAGCGAGAGACAACAACAACAACCCAGCCAGGAGACCGCUGAUUCACAGCAGCCGCAGCAGCAGCCACAUAAGACAGGCCUAUGGGCCUGGCUGACGUCCAAUCUCAAGAAGCAGGAGGAGAGCAGCAGCCUGAGCGAGGAGGACGAUGCCGCGGGCGUCCGCAACAGCGACAUUGUGCGCGCCGUCGAGCAGAAGGCGCACGCGGCGUUUGAGAAGGAGAAGCAGAACCAACGACAGGGCGGGCCGCUGGAUCGGGUUGGGAUCGAGCAGCAGCAGGACAAGCCCGCUGCUGCCCCUACCACUACAGGGCAGGAAGAGCCGCCUAAGAAGGGGUGGUGGUAAUGGCGACCUGAAUGUCCUGUACCUUGCAAGGUGCCUGGCAGUGGGUGGGUACAUUGAGGCUCAGUUAGUUGGUGUUGCUGUGCAACGAUUGGAGUACUAUCAGCCGAAGGCUAUGAUGGUUCCUGCAUAUUCGCCUCCUGAAAUCCACCUUAGUGAGUAGCCGGGGCGCCGGGCCAGCACCACGGUGCGAGAAGCAACAUGGGCAUGGAGACUGUAUAUUAGUGUAGAUCGGAGGGUGCAUUACUCGGCGCGGAAUCUGUACAUAUCUAGACAAGAGCUCUGCCAGCUAGGUGCCUUAACAUCCAGCAAGUCCGUGGAGCUUUAGCUUGGGCUUUGGUCUCGGUAUGGGCUGUAUACAGCUGUACGCAGUCCAGAGCAACGAAGAGGUGACGAGCCGAGAUUGGUCUUUUGGUAUCAUAGUGCCGCCGAACAGCUAACGCAGGUAUCUCAAUGAAUGAAAUGGU